CUGACAUAUGCUGUCUGCUUCAGCAAGGAAACACAAACUCCGGAAGAUCAAAAAAAUUCUUUUUUGAGUAGAGAAACAUGAUGAGCUGCAAAAACUACUCUCCCUUCUUGAUUCUCUUCAAGCUGUUGAUGAUCCUUUGGUCCGCGGCUUCAAGCUCUUGUCCAAGUGAAUGUGGAGGAGUCUUGAUCCCAUACCCUUUCGGAAUCGGGAAUAGUUGCUAUCUAGAGAAGUCUUACGAGAUUGAAUGUCGUAGUACAACUAGGUCAAGUAAUCUAGUCCCUUUCCUUUCACUAAUCAACAAAGAAGUUGUGAGUAUCUCUCUUCCUAUGGCAGGUUACUUUUUUAUGGGAGCAUAUGGGAGUGUUCGUAUCAGAAACCCGAUAACAUACGCUGGAUGCUCCACUUCCACCUAUGGAAAAGAGUCAGGAGCAUCAAUAAUGAACUUGACCGGUAGUCCUAUUUUCCUUGACAACAGCAACAAACUCAUAGCGGUUGGUUGCGACAGCAAGGUGUCGUUCACGCAUGUAAAGCCCAACACUGUUGGAUGCGAUUUGAAUUGCAGUAUGAUCAAAGAGUCUCAUAACAGUAGCACCCCUUUUCGCAACGUAAGGAAGUGCUCGAGCAACGUAUUAUCUUACUAUACUAGCAACCUCGUUUGCACAGAAGAUGAACCAGAAGAAGACACGAUGUGCAAUGGUAACAGAUGUUGUCAAGCAUUUCUGCCAAACAUCCCUCAACAAGUUGUUGGUAUCAGGAUAGAGAGCAAUGACGGAAACUUGACAAAAAGGACAAAACAAGAACAUUGUAGAGUCGCAUUCUUGACAGAUGGAAACCUACAAUUUGUCCAAUGGCACCAAUCCACAAAAGUUACUUGGCAAGGGACAUACUAUGCUUAA